UACAGUAGACACAGUCAUAGAAAUAAUUUUUCAUUGUUGUGUGUUUUUUUGUUGUUUAGCCCCACCUGUUUCCGUAUCUCGGCCUCUUCAUAAGGGAUAUCGGCUGCUUCACAUUCAGAUCAUUUCAAUUUGUUAAGCUGCGCUCUCACACACAGAAUAUUUCACCUCCACAUCCAACACCGACGUUGCGUUUGUUCCAGAUGGAGGUCUCCAGGAUGCGGUCCGCCUGGGCGGCUCUCUGCACCGCCGUGCUAGUGAUGUCAGGCUCUGCUGAAGGUGCUAGUUUGGUGACGUUAAAAGCGGCGAACACAGAACCAUCAUACUCUUAUGACUUAACCAUGGACGUCACCAACCGCAUCUACAGUGAUUCUCUCCUCAACCCUAACUCUCACGACUAUAAUAUGAUGUUUGGGGAAGUUAGCAGUGCGCUCUACUCUGUCUACGGCUGCCCCACUUGCGACACACGCACAUUUUAUCAAGGUGUAACAGCCAUGACCUUCAGUGACAAGGCUGGAUCUGUGGUUGUUCAGGCCACCAUCAUGUUCUACUCAGACCAAACCAAUGCCAUGGUGAUCAAGUACCUAUUUCUGCAGGCCGUCAAUAGCAGAAAUGAAAUAAAAGGCCUGAGAAUCAACCCUGGAUUCACACAGGUGUCUUCACAAUCCACAAGCGUUUCCCAUCCAACCACCACUCCAACCACCACUCCAACCACCACUCCAACCACCACUCCAACCACCACUCCAACCACUACUCGUCUAAUAACAUGUGACCCAUAUUUAAGCAAUCAUGAUAUCAUUCAGAUAAUUAUGUCAUGUUUUAUCACUCCAACCCCUACUCCAACCACUACUCCAACCCCUACUCCAACCACUACUCAUCUAAUAACAUGUGACCCAUAUUUAAGCAAUCAUGAUAUCAUUCAGAUAAUUAUGUCAUGUUUUAUCACUCCAACCCCUACUCCAACCACUACUCCAACCACUACUCCAACCACUACUCCAACCACUACUCCAACUACUAUUCUAACUACUCGUACCACCACUCCUACAACAACUACAACCACUACUCUAGUCUAUUAAAACAGGGUGAACGCAUUCCUUUAACCGAUCUCCUGCCAUUACUAAAACUACUUAAUCAGAUUGUUUAAAAAAGAAAAAGAAAAAAAGAAACAGAUUGCAUGUAGUUAAUCAUAUGACAUGAUAUUAAAUUCAUAUUAAAACAGACGACACAUGAAACCCUUGAAAGGCUCGAUUAAAGUAUAAUAUUCUAUCUGUAAAGAGCAACCUUUUUUCACACCUCCUGUGUUCAAACACCAUCUGAGUCACCGUCCAAUGGGCAAUCUGUAUUUUCUCUCCCAUUACCAUGGUAGAAAUGGGAUUUAGAAAUGUUCUGUUUUCUGAAGUCUAUUCUUCAUAGCCUACCCAUUAACCUCCUACAACUACCUCACCUCUCAAUCACAAUACAUUUACAGAGUGGGAAUGAAAUAGUCCCUGCCCACAAGAUGUCAUGUGACCACAUGUCAAAAGGACAAUGUUAAAAUCACUUUUGUUUGUUCAGAAAUGACUUAAAUAUCUGAUAAUCACCUGACAUCUUAAGAGCAUGUGUUUGUUACUCCUUAACAAACUUUUAACAUCGAUCAUUGCUCUUGUAUUUCUUAUAUGAUUCAAGAACCUAUGUUGUAAACCUGCCUUCACAAUUUUUACACCAUUCUUCCUCUAUUCAGUAUCUUUCUUCUUUCUUUUUUCUUUUCAUUAAUGUCAUUUUCAGUUAAUCAUUAGAGGAAUAGAUGCAGAUUUGUCUACAAUGUCUCAAUGCCUGUUGUAAAAAGCACAAAACUAAUAAAAUGGGAUUAUGCAAGCUUGAAA